UCAUGCUUAUACGAAUAUGAUAUCGCGUUCUUCGGAUUUCCAUAGUUAUCACAAAGGAGCAUAAUAGUGCAAUCUAAUAUCUUAAGUCAGUUUCAAGUACGGCCGUCUGCGCUUAUGUACACCUUGAAACCCUUACACCAGGGUAGUUCUUAUACCAACCGAUAACCACAAUCAUGGAGGUUCUUGCAAUUAAAUUGGUUGAAGGUCUCCUUGAAGAGUUAUCCAAGACAAAUGCUCUUUAUGUUUCCAUUGCUGGACCGCUGAAAGAUUCUGCUACAGUUGCUUUACCUACAUUUAUCGGUGGCUCAGUUCUUGGUCCUGCUGGUGCUGUAGUAGGAGCUAUGGUAGGAACAGGAAUCCUUGGCAUAUCAAAGGCCCUAGGAUAUGGUAAUUACAAGCCAUUAAUGACUGCUUUGAAGGAAGAUUUUACAGAGCAAGAGAGGAACAACCUCUACAAGAGAUUGUGGGAAAGACUACAAGGAUUUGUAUCAUCUCCUUUGAAUCACACCAUGGCCUAUACAGCUUUAACUGCCUUAAGUAAAAAUAUAGAAGAGAAUCCAGAAGCAAUGGAAAAUAUCAGGAAUGAGCUUAAAGAAGCUCUUGGUAAAAAGAACAUGAGUUUGUGUUGAAAAUCAUGGUAUUUGUUGCCAUUUGAUUCAGCCAUUAUUUUGGGAAAAAAUUAUGGUUGUUUAAUUUGUGAUAUUGCAGAGACUAAAGCCUUCACAAUUUAAUUUGAGCUUUUAUAGCAUUUAGUUGAACCUAAAUGCAUUUGAUUAGAUCCCAGUUCAAGAAACUUGAAAAAAAAAAAAUUAUGAUCUGUGUUAC